AGAAAUUGUGUGUGAAAGCAAAAACCAACCUUCUCACUGUUCAGAGAGAGAAAGCUAGAAGCAGGCAGUGUACAGUGAGGGAAGUAUACGUACAUGCUUUGUGUAUGUAUACACACAGAGAGAAAACAGUUGCUAAUUUGCACUAUUUGAUCUCCAUUUCACGAAUUACUUCAUAUUACAAAGGAUUUCCAUUUUUUUGGGUAAAGCAGCAUGAUUCGGUUAUCCGAGGGGUUAGGGGGGCACAAAUGAGUUGAAAGCUUGUGGAUGUAAGGAUGUUGCAACGCCAAAUUAUGUUUAAACAGCUGCAGGAGCUGCAGCGAAGGCAGCAGCUUCAGGGACUUGGCGGUGCUAAUAAUCAUGAUUAUGUGGAUCAGCUGAUGGCGUCAAAGCAACCUUCAGCAGUUCAGCUUUCCCCUACAGUAAACAGGGACUCUAUUCGUGAUUUACAGAUGCUAAUGUUUGAUAAUACGAAAAUGGCACAACAAGGCGAAUCUAGCAUUUUUCAAGGGUUCCCCAGUGGAUUGGUUCUUUCACAAGGCAUGCCGCCUCCACAAUUUGAUAUGUCUAUAUAUGGUGAUCCCGGCCUGAAUGCUGAUAGGAAUUUAAAUCAAUAUCCUUAUCCCCAAGAUCCGUGUAAUAUCUCUGCUAAUCUGUCGACCAAUAGCAAUAACAGCCUUUUAGGCAUGUCUCCUGUGCAUCAAGGGAGUUUCUCUGAUGACCAAAGCAUCGUGUCAGAUGGCUCCUUGUUAUCGAGUCAAGUGUUUGAUGAUAAGAAUCUGUAUGGGCAAGUUCCUUUUCACAGUUCUGAUAGCAAUCUUUUGCCUAUGAACUAUUCCGCACAAGGAAUUACAGCACAGCGGAGUACAUCCAUGGGGAGGCUUGAAGUUGAAGACACUGGUUGGCCUGGUUAUUCUCCAGGAGAGGUAUCAAAAAUUGACAUGUCCGAGGCAUCUACUACUCUGGAUCCCUUGGAACGAAAGAUAUUGUACAGUUCGGAGGACCAUGGUUGGUCAUCAUCAUUUGACACCAGGGCCAAAAAGGGUAAUGAAGAUUUUGAUUGUACAGUGGAGAACCCAUCAUCUGUGGAUACAUUACUGUCUAUUCAAAGUGGUCGCUGGAGUGCUCUGAUGCAGUCUGCUGUGACCGAAACUUCUAGCAGUGAUACUGUAGUGCAAGAGGAGUGGAGUGAAUUGAGCUUCCAGAAUCCAGAACCAUCAAGCGAUAAUCAGCCCUCAAAUCUCAGUAAUGGCGAAAAUCUGCAAGAUAAUUGGGUUCAUAGAAACUUACAGAAUGUUUCCUCUCCAAGCUCAGAGCCCGCGCAGUUGUUCGCCAGACCAGAUAUGAAGUGUAGUUUCCCUGGUUUUCAGCACUCGGGGAAGCAGUUCAGUAAGCAGAAAGAUGAAUUUCAGUGUGAGAGCUCCCACAUCUUAGGUCAGUGCUCGACUGGGUAUAACUCUCAGCUGAAGCAUCCUAUCGGAAGGAAUCAGCCGGUUCAAACUUCUUUGCAUUCAGAAAAUACUCGAACUGCUCAAUAUGGGGAGAAUUUAAAAACUGGUCAUGAAUUGCAAGACACCUUAUGGCAUUCAAAUCCUAUCUCUGGAGGUUUUCAAACGCCCUAUGGUCAGUUGAACCAGCCAAACUUCCACAGGUAUCCGCUAGAGUCAGAGAAGAUGGGUCCUGGAUUAGGUGCUUCAGAUCUCUAUUGUCAAAAUGUGGCUACUCAAAGCAAUCUUCCCAAUUCACAAGAAUUUGGUUUAAGACCAGGGCCUGCAGAUUCAAGUACUCCACAGUCGUACUCACUUUUUCCAUCUUCGUCGUUGGGAAACAUAAAUACCAGAUAUCUUCCAAAUAGUUAUGAGAAGGAUUAUAUCAGGAAUCAAAAUCCCACUCCAUCAUUACCAAGUUACAUGUUGCAGUCAAGAAACAACGCCUCUUCCCUUGGUCCCAGAUCCUCUCUAUUGGAGAACGUAGCAGCUGCUCAACCGUGUGAAACAUCAGUUUCUUCUCAGCGUGUUGGAUUUCCAACAGGGCUUCUGCCUCUCAGGACAGAUGUCACCACUCAGCAAGACACGACUUCUCCAAGAGCCAACAUGUUCUCAUCUAGUUUGUUUCGUACCCCUGGUUCAGCUUCUAGCAGUUUGGAGACUACUUCCUGUGCUCCAGAGCAAUCCAGUCUCGACUGGUCAAAACACAAAUAUAAUGUAGGAUGUGAUGAACAGAAGAAAGCUAAUUUCAUCCCCGAGAGCUCAACCAAGAUACACAAUCGAACUCCACUAAGCAACAAUACUGAUUCACAACAGUCUUUGAGAAAAUACUCAGAAGUAGAUGGAGUGGCGUCUGGUUUAUACAUGAGGCAUGCAUCUCCUCAUCCCUCUGAUCAAGUAGAGCAGAAAGACAUUGAAUCACCGAUUUUUUCUGCUAGUGACAGCAGAGCCUCUGGGCAUCCUUUGCAUAAAAAAUUCUCCGUGAUCCACCAGUAUAAUAGGCCCGGAGAUUGUCAAACAGACUCUGGUAAGAGGUUUCCAUUUAAUCAUCAGCCGCAAACUGCCGAUUCCAGAGAGGGGUUGUUUAGUGGGCAGAGUUUUGCUAUCAAAGAUAAAGCUGGUGCAUUUUCACCUGGAACUGUUAAGGGGAACUUCACAGAAGAGUCCAAUGAUCAGCCAGCAAAAGCUUCAUCGACAGAUUCCCUUCGGAGCUCCCAACAGAUGGAGUCACUUCGUCGGAAUGAAUCCCAGAGUCAUUCCAUCGACAAGGAAGCUUCAAACCUAGCAAACCAAUCCCAGAUCAGUUUGCAAAUGGCCCCAUCUUGGUUUAAGCAUUAUGCAAACAAGAAUUUUGAGGCCGUACAAACCUAUAACCAGAAAUCUGUGACUGCAGCAAUACAACCACUCUCUGGAAUAAGUAUUGGAAAUUUACCAGAGAGUAGAUUGAAUAUGCAGGUUGAUUCUGUCAACAGUGCUCACGGAAGUGGUACUUGGCAAUCUUCAGCUGCCACCUUGAUAGCGAGUAAACAUUUAUCACCCCCUAGUAUGUUGCCUUCGGAUGUCUCUUACCAACAAUUGUCUGUUUCAAAACUGGGGAAGCGUAAAAUUGUUGCAUUUGACUUGGAACCUUGGCACAAAGAAGUAAAUUCCGAAGCACCAAGGCCUCAAAACAUCAGUAUGGCUGAGUUUGAAUGGGCGCAAGCUUUGAAUAGAAGGCAGGAAGAGGCGAGAAAUGAAGUUGAAAUUGUUAAUGUGCACCCUGUGGUACAAGCGAAAAGACGACUUACCUUCACGACACAACUUAUGCAGCAGGUCUUCAGACCUCCAGUAGAAGGUAUUCUCUCUGGAGAUGCCAGUUCAAACUGUGAUUAUUUGGCAUAUUCCGCUGCGAGAACCACACUAGGAGACGCAUGCAACCUGAACAGUAAAAUGCCGGUUGAUAGCAUUGACGUGUCACCUGGCAAGUUGAACACUUCGAAGAGAACUAAUCCAUCUGGUUUCUCAGAAAAAGGAAAAUGCCUAAUUACUCGGGCAGAGAAGCUUGAAGGUGACCUCUCAAGACUUGAUCGAAGUUUAUCAGUAGUGGACAUCAAAGUGGAUAGCCAGGAACUUGAAAAGUUCUCUACACUCAACCGUUUUGCAAAGUUCCACUUCAAGGCGCACACUGAUCCUGCAUCAUCAACCGUGCAGAAAACCACCCCUCAGAGAUACAUCAGAGCAUCUCCAAUGCCUGUGAUAAUACCAGAAGAGGAAAAAUGUAUUUCCUUGUGAUCGUAAACCAAAUUAGAACUCGAUCAACCAUUUCCACAUGGGAUAAAUUGCAUCAUGUGAUGAAUGCAAGCCAGGUUAGUGAUCUUCUUGAAUUAGAAGGAACCUUUCCUUUUCCACUAUAGAGGCAGGAUAUAUAUCAGGAAAGCUAUUUAUUUAUCAUGCUAUUUGUUUAUCAGUGGAUCUUUCACUUUUGGAAAUCACACUACUAAAUAAUGUAAUAUAGAAUAUUCUAAACAAAGACAGGCAAUGUAUACACGGUUAGAAUAUUUUAUGAUGAUAGUAUGAAUUAAUAUUUGUCCCCUUCUUGUUAAA